AUGGCGAACACAUUGCCCCCGGCGACGCCUGCGAAGAAUAUCGUUCUUGACACAUCGUCUCUGUCCGAAUCAUCGACUUCUUCCGUAUGGAACCGCAUCUCGAACUGGGUCUCGGAAAACAAAGCUGUCGUCUAUACAGUUGCCGGCAUCGCUGUAGUCGUAACCGGUGGAACCGUAUAUUACCUGUCAACCUCAAGCAAACCUAAAGAACCUGCACAGCCUAGAAAGAGCAAGAACCAAAGGCGAAAGGAGAAGAAGAAGGCCGAGGAAGAGAAAAAGGCUCAGGAAUUGAAAGCUGCCGCUGAAGCAACCAAAACAGCCACGGUUGAAGAUGUCGGUGAAAUUCCGGAGGUAGAUGAGAACACCGUGCAUUCUUUAUCGGAAGAGACACGAAAAGCAUAUGCAGCAAAGCUCAAGGCUGCAGGUAACAAGGCUUACGGCUCGAAGGAUUACAACCGCGCAAUUGAAUUGUACGGCAAGGCCAUCUUGUGCAAACCAGAUCCUGUCUACUACUCGAACCGCGCCGCCUGCUGGAACGUUCUGUCUGAAUGGGAGAAAGUGGUCGAAGACACCAACGCCGCUCUCGCCAUGGACAAUGAAUACUUGAAAGCCCUCAACCGACGAGCUGUCGCUUACGAGCAUUUGGAUAGACACAACGACGCUCUUCUUGAUUUCACUGCUAGCUGCAUCCUCGAUCAAUUCACCAACCGCCAGAGCCGAGAAUCUCUAGAACGACUGCUGAAGAAGGUUGCUGAGAAGAAGGGCAAAGAGAUCAUGGAAGCAAAGGGCAAGCGGCUCCCUGGUGCCACUUUCGUCACCAACUACCUUCAGAGCUUCCGCCCCAAGCCAAUUCCUGCCGGUCUGGAUUCUGAGGACUUGGAUGAGGAAAGUGGUAAAGGAUUGUUGCGUAAGGGUUAUUUGGCGCUGGAGCAGAAGACAGGCGAAGGAUAUGAAGAGGCCUGGCACUCCUUCGAAAAGGCGCUUGAGUUGGGAGAUCUCGGUGAAUAUGAGGGAGACGCAUUGAACAUGCGUGCUACUUUCACAUACCUGCAGGGCAAUGCUGUGGGCGCGCUCGAAGACCUCAACAGGAGCGUUGAACUUCAACCAUCAUUGGUGCAAAGUUACAUCAAGCGCGCCAGCUUGCAUCUCGAGAUUGGCAACAAGGAGGCCGCUGUCGAUGAUUUCGAGCUUGCUAUUACGCAUAACAAGGAUGACCCUGACAUUUACUACCAUCGCGCACAGCUCCACUUCAUCCUUGGUGAAUUUGCCGAAGCGGCCAAGGACUACCAGAAAUCGAUCGACCUCGACCCAUCAUUCAUCUAUUCCCACAUUCAGCUUGGUGUGACACAAUAUAAGCUCGGCUCUGUUGCGUCAGCCAUGGCGACAUUCAAACGAUCGGUCAAGAAAUUUGAGAAUGUGCCGGAUGUUUACAACUACUACGGCGAGCUGCUCCUCGACCAGCAGGAUUUCCCGGGGGCCAUUGAAAAGUUCGACAAGGCGAUCGAGAUGGAGAGCAAGAUUAAGCCUACGGCUAUCAAUGUUUUGCCUCUCAUCAACAAAGCUCUUGGUAUCUUCCAAUGGAAGCAGGAUUUCAAGGAGGCCGAGAGUCUGUGCCAGAAGGCUUUGAUCAUCGAUCCGGAGUGUGACAUUGCCGUCGGUACCAUGGCUCAACUUUUGUUGCAGCAAGGCAGAGUCGCCGAAGCUCUCAAGUACUUCACCAGAGCCGCCGAGCUGGCCCGUACAGAGGGUGAGGUGAUCAAUGCUAUCUCCUAUGCCGAGGCCACCCGCACACAGCUCGAAGUCCAGGAGAAAUACCCCCAACUGGCAGCACGUCUACAAACUAUGGGCGCUAGCUUCGGUGCUCCACCAGGCCUGUAA